UAAAAGAAUUUUUGGAGAAUUUGAAGCUAAAAUCAGAAGCAGCCUUGGGGCUGCUUCUGAUUCUAGAUUGCCCGGGAAUCUAAAAAACAUCUUUAAUGAAAUUUUCGUUAUUACGAUUUUACCCUUGCUGAAUGAAACAAUUCCAGACCCAAAAAAAUUUUGCUCUUCGCGGUCCUGUUCCUCUACGAUCUCCCCCGCCGCUUCAACGUCGAAAUGCUCAACCGCUGGAGCUCCGGCCAGAUGCCGGUCACCGCCCAAACGUGGCCGCCCUGGCCGAAGAACUCCUGCCUUAAGUUUUGGUCUUUCCUAAUCCAGAUUUCACUCUCUUCAGGUUCAGUCAAUCCUUCGUUUGCCGAGUUUCGCAUAAUCAAGCAGACGAUCGGAGCCUCCAAACUGAACUUCCAUAGCCUAGCACCUCACGGCGACGCCAAUUUUAUCGCAUGGUGAAUUUUGGUUCAGGGAAGAAAUAGUGAUAUGGGCAAGGAAAAAGACUGGUGUGCCUGUGACUAGAAUAAACUCUGUGGCCAAGGCAGAAGAAGUUGUCAAGAAGUACCAUACAUUUGCAAUUGGUUUCUUCGAAAAAUUCAAGAAGGGACCACGUUUGAAAAGGAUAAAUUGCUGCACUUUUUAGAGUACAACAAGUUUCCAUUAGUUACUAAACUGAUGGAGAUAAAUUCUGUCAAAGUUUAUUCCAGUCCUGUUAAGCUUCAGGUUAUUGUUUUUGCAGAGGAGGAUAGCUUCCAAAAACUUCUUGAGCCUCUCCAAGAUGUUGCAAGAAAGUUCAAGUCAAAGAUAUUGUUUAUAUAUAUCGACAUCUCAGAUGAAAACCUUGCAAAGCCCUUUUUAACCUUAUAUGGGAUUGAAGAAUCAAAGGACACUGUGGUGACUGCUUUUGAUAAAUUGAUGUUUAUCCAUAAAUUGUUGUUUCCUUUGUCUCCCUUGCUGGAUGUCAAGUCACAAUUUGCACUGGCAUCUUUCAUUUUAUUUUUCAAGGAAUUGUUUGAACACUAUGUGGUGAUGGAAAGUUGGGAGGCUUCAGUGAAUUAUAUAUGUAGGUCAAGUUAAUGUGCCUGUUAUUUUUUUUUUCUUUUUUUCCCAAGAAGUUCAAUGGCCUGGCAUCUCUGCAUGGUGGCAUUUUGUAUUUUUUUUUCUAUUGUCAUGCUUCAAUGAGUUUUUAUUGUUGUAAUGACUUUUCUA